UGAAAAGGGAAUGCAAGGGGGAUCUUCCGUCCCGUUGGUCGUUUUCAUUUGGAGGAAACCAGCGAUGUGUUUACAGGAGUAUGGAAGCUCUGCUCUGAAUCAACUCUGCACCGAAUCGGUACCUUGAACUUGCAACGGCCUCGGCCGGCACAGAUCUCAUUAUGCUUGGGCCGGUGUUGCUGAGAUUGCACUGUGGGUCAGCCCAUUAAGCCUGAUGGAUAGGUGACUGCCCCUAGACUAUGACCACAGGACAUACCAAUGGCGGUCCAGGAAGCCACCGAUACGCCAGAUGGAAUCGGGAAGACAGCGGGGAGGACUAUACGAAGAGCGAGGUCUAUGCCGAAGACGAGCAGGGCAGGCAGCGCCGGCUGACCCCUUUUGAGAAGCUGACCCUGGAUAUAUCCCAGGAUGAAAAGGUGGUGAAAGAAUUAACUCUGGGGAAGAGGAUUGGGUUUUACCGCGUCAGAGGGGAGAUUGGGAGUGGGAAUUUCUCACAAGUGAAGCUUGGAAUCCAUGCUCUGAUCAAAGAAAAAGUCGCAAUCAAGAUUUUGGAUAAGACGAAGUUAGACCAGAAGACGCAGCGGUUACUCUCCCGUGAGAUUUCCAGCAUGGAGAAGCUGCACCACCCAAACAUAAUCAGGCUUUACGAGGUCAUGGAGACGCUCUCCAAACUGCAUCUCGUGAUGGAAUACGCUAGCGGAGGGGAGCUCUUUGCUAAAAUCACGACGGAGGGGAAGUUAUCUGAAGUGGAGAGCAAGCACAUCUUCUCCCAGAUUGUGUCUGCUGUUAAACACAUGCAUGAAAGCAACAUAAUUCACCGGGACCUGAAAGCCGAAAACGUCUUUUACACCAGCAACACCUGCGUGAAAGUGGGUGAUUUUGGAUUCAGCACCAUCAGUAGAAAAGAGGAAACCCUGAACACGUUCUGCGGCUCACCGCCUUAUGCUGCGCCAGAACUUUUCAGGGAUGAAAGCUACGUCGGGGUUUAUGUUGACAUCUGGGCACUAGGAAUUCUUCUGUAUUUUAUGACUACUGGAAUCAUGCCCUUCCGGGCCGACACAGUGGCCAAACUGAAGAAAUGCAUUCUCGAGGGGCUGUACAUGUUGCCACCUUUCUUGUCAGAACCUUGCCAGAAGCUAAUUCGGGGAGUCCUUCAACCAGUAGCGUCCCAACGCUAUUCCAUUGAGUACAUUAUGAACAACGAAUGGAUGAAGGGAGUACAGUAUCCAAAGCCCUUGGAACCAUUUAAACUGGAUCCAAAAUAUUUGUUGGAGAGUGGAGCACUCAGAGAGGAAGAAGCCGAAGUGAAAAACGUCCUCAACAAUUUGGGAAUCAUGGAGGAGCAUAUCCAUAAUAACCGUGGGCAAGUUUCUCACAGCUCGGUAACUGGGAUAUACAGAAUUAUUUUGCACAGAGUACAAAAGAAACGGGCCAUGGAGACUGUUCCUAUAAUCAGCCAGCCAGAACCCAGAGAACAAGAGUCAAAGAAAGACCAGACUACCUAUCGGGGCCUCAAACACUCAUCAAAGCUCUGUUUGAUUUUAUGAAUAAUGUUGCUGGCUUGGUUUUCAGGAAACCCUAUGGGGCCCUUUUGUUUGGUACCAGUUAACUCUCGCUCUUAGCAUUUUUGUAAUUUUGAAGUAAAUAAAUAAAAAACGAUGCCUUAAAACGUCUGAAUCUUGAUUCCAACCCAAAAGUCUAAUGGCCAAAGAAAACAUGUAUUGGAGCUUUGUAUAACACUGUUACUUUGCUGCAAUAUUGGCUCUAUAAAGUUAGGAUGGAACAGACUGUAAGCAACAAAGACGUUGUGCAGUCCCAUGCAUGUUGACUCAGGAGCAAGUUCAAUUGUGUUCAGUGGGGCUUACUCCCAGGUAAACCCACAUAGGAUUGCAGGCCAAAGGCUGCAAUCCUAAGCAUAGUUAUUAGAGUGCACCAAUGACCUGUACGGGACUUGCUUCUGAGUAAAAAUGCUUGAAAUCAUUGUGUUAGGCAGUGAGCCAUUUGGGAAGAGUUUUGUGUAUUUCAGUGCGAUGAGUUUGGACCGUACAUUUAGGUCUGCUGGUUUUCAGUGUCGAACACAGGCGGGCUCCCCCCUCCAUCCCCUGCCCCAUGUGGUUCAGGAUUGCUGGAAUCAUUUGGGAAUUCUUUUGGGGUACAUUCGGCCAAUAGCUUUUCAGAGUUAAAAAUGAUAUUGUAGGGUUGCCAAUGCCAAUGUCAGUUUUACUGACUCCACACAGUCGCUGGUAUAAUGGUUUCUGUAGCUUUAUGUAAAACUUCAGGCGGAACCUGGUGAAACUAGCUGCAAACAUCACUACUAUGAUAGAAAUGUGGAGCUUAUUGUGACAGGCGCAAGCACCUAUUGGAUAAUGCCCACAACCAGUGACAUACUCUUUCCCUCUUCCAUCUGUUAUUCUGGGAUCUGUGUUCAGAGUUGUAGGAUUAUGAAAAACCUUUGAUAAUAUUUCUCUAGCCUCCUGGUUUUUGGAGGCCCCACAACUGCAUGGCAACCAAGCUGCUACUUCACUAAGCCUUUUUGCAGGACAACUGUGCAAUCCCAUUAGAGGCCACCAUGCUUUUGCAUUCUCCAUUGAAGAUGUUGGGUAAGAACUAUGCGGCGAUACAUGCGGUAUCCCAAAUUUGGGCAACUGCAGCAGCCACUGGUAGCCACCUCUUUUUUAGCUGCCACAAUGUUACUUCUUGCGGCAGCCAUAGCUGUAAAUGGCCACGACCGGUGUACCCUCCCGUUCACAGCAUGCGCACAUGCAGGAGAGUGGACAGUCCAUGAGACGGACACAGGCAGCAGAACAGAGAAAGAUGAGAGCAUUCAGCAGUGGGUGGGGAGAGUCUCUGCUAGUUAAUUCAUUAUGGGCUAUGGGGAGGUAAUACCACCAACAUAUUAGCUGCAUGAGCCUCGGUUCCUUUGAUGUAGCAAUUUGGAGCCCAAACUAAAUAUGGCAUUAAUCAUAAAGUUAGCUCUAGCAUGGGUUUUUUAAAAAACACACACACACACACACCCAAAAACCAGAUAGUCAGUAAGGGGUGGCGAAUCUCGAUCAGGACCUGGGUAAGGGGGCUUUAAACCUUGGUUCCCUACUGUGAUCCUGAUCUAGAUUGGUCCCCUGGAGUUAUUGGGAGCGUCCCCCACAUUUCAACUGGAUUGGGGGCCCUGCACUGGCUAUUUUAAGUCUGCAGACUAGAGAUAACUGCAUGACAAAAUACCUCAUCUUAUAGCGUGGCCCUUAAAAUGAAACCAUGUCUUCAUUCCUAUGGGGAAGACUGCUGUGACUAGGGAACAAUGGCCAUGCUGUCUGGGGAUUAUGGGGGUUGCAGUACAACACAUCUGGAGGAUGCCAAGUUGGGGAAGGCUGAAGAAAAGCAUAUGCUCUGAACAUAGAAUGUCCCAUGUUUAAUCUCUAUGAAUCCCAUUCGAUUAGUGAAAUUUUUAUGUGCUACUGCCGCACCAUGUGGUUUACAUUUUAUUUAAAGGUUUGAAUGUUUGUAAAACAAAAUGUUACUGGGUUGGAUCCAAAGAUGCCUUUCUACUCAUGGAAGGAACUUCAGUCCAGCAGAACUUUUCCACACAGAAGUGGGGAGAAAAGAUUUCUGAUUAUUCCCUUUCCCCCAACAGCCCCCCAUGGUCCCAACCUUUCAGAGAAGAAUUUUUGGAGUGAAGGAAGGGGAGCUAAGAUUCCCCACUCUAUGGGCAGAAUCACAACUCUCUUUACAAAAUCAGGAGCCAACACAGUAUUUAAAAAAUUGGAUGGAAGCAUGUUUACAUUUUUAAUCCCCUUCUGGUUUAGAGUAAUAAUUCUAGUGUGUCAUCCAAAAUAUAUUAUUGUCAUUUUAAAAUUAAAAACAAUUUGGUUCCAGAAUCCAACAUGGUUAAAUCUAAGUUAUCCUAAGAGGAAUGUUAAGGGGGAAAACUUCAUGAAUACAGUCUACAAUACAUUGUGAAGGGGAGAGAGCUUCCAAUACUGAGGCGGCAGUCCUAUGGGAGGUCAUCCCAGAGUCCACAGGAUUGUUUGUGGCAGGAGCCCAGCAGGUCUUUGGAUGCUCCAAAGUCAGAGUUCUGCACUGGACAGCCUUAACUCUGCCCAAAUCACUUUCCCAUCUGUCAUCUACAGUGCCUAAGCAAAUUCAGGGAAGAGCUCACCAAUGUCAGACUUGUGCAUAAGUGUGCAGAGUUAAAACUGUGCAGGCAAGUGAAUAAAUCUGCAUCAAGUUCAAAGAACAGCACCGUGUGAUCUUGAUAUACCUACAUAUUCUUAAAUAGCUUAUUUACACAAAGAUUUAGCUUCAUACAGCAACCUCCCUGCCCUCGCAAAACCCACCACCGCCCAAAACAAGUUUGAUAAAUCUUCGAAAGUUGACAUGUUCAAAACUCACCCAGUUUUGGCUUGGAUGCGGAGAUGGCUGGUGAUGACUCAUCUGCUUAAUGAAAUCCGCUUUCUGUAGUGCCUGCAGCUUUUCCUCAUGCUCAGGCUCAUGUGUGGUUAAGGUACAAACUAUGACUACAUCAACACAAGUAGUUCAAAUAGCUCAAGGUUUAUUUGACAAGGCAUCUGACUCAUUGUUUGUGAGGUUUAUAAAGGUGAACUUUUGUGCUAUGGUUCUCAGCGUGUCCAUUGCCUGCAAUGGACUUGAUUCUCUUUCGACAACAUG